AACAAUUAUCAUGGAAAACGUUGAUCAACCAUUAAAAAGUAAUUUCACGUGAACUUCUCCUGCAAUUGAAACCUCUGAAAUAUCGAAUUUUCAUUUCUACGAUUUAAACUGAAAGCACACAUGAAUCUUCCGUUUAGUUUGGUUAGUUCUACAGAAAUAUAAGUUAGAUAAAAUUGAAACAGAACAUACGAGUUGAAUUUACCAAAAAAAAAUUCAUAAUGCAAUAAUCUCUGAAUAAAAUCCCUCAGUCCCAACGACUUGGACGAGCAGAUUAAUUAAUUAAUCUCAUGUAAUCGUAAAUAAAUGGGUAAUAAUCAUUGAAUCGCAAAAAUUUUAAAUGGUACCUCACGUGACGUCACAUCCGUUGCACCCCCACCACUGGAUUUAACAUAUACCAAUUUAUUCUUUAUUCAAUAGUCAGUUGUAUUGAGCAACUCUGACUUGUAACGCGUCUGAUUAAGGAGCUGUCAGUGUCAACUUGACAAUAAAACUGGAUAAAUUAGUAAGUGAAAAAUAAAUAUGGCACAUCCCUCUGUAGGUGUUUUGUGAAUAUUUGUGUGAGCGUGCGCACCAGUGGAGAGAGAGUGAAAAAAAAAGAGACAGAAGUGAUAUGCCAACCUGGGAUACCGUUUUGUCUUCAUCGUCUCCAACACCUGUGUUCACUGUUGCAUUACUAUUGUGUUUCAAUUCAGUAAUAAAUUGUGAUACUCAACGAGUUUAUCAGUGAGUGAUUCAGUGAUAAAUUUGUCAUUGAUGUGGUCUCGUUAUUAGUGUUGACGAUGAAAAAAUCCUGAGGCUCAGACAUUGCCAGGUGAAAAUUUGGGAAAAACAACGGGAGAACGCAGAACACACUGCGGAAUUUUGGAGAAGAGGAACUGAAAUUUGUGGAUGACCCCAAAUCGCCAGAAUUGAAAGGUGGAGAAGAAUGAUGGGGGGUCUCCCCAGUGGCUGGAUGAGGAGAGUCCUCCUCCUCCUGGUGCUCAUCACCGGGAUCUUCCUCAUCGCCAUGUACGCCCACACAUCACCUCUGGUGUCCCUCCAACCCUUCGCCCCAAGGAGAUCGUUCAAAAGCCCAUGGACGUGGGUUUGUGUUGCGGGCAGAUGCGAGCGACGUACGUCAAGAACAUCGCGCACGUCCCUGGCGACGUGCAAUGCACUCUGCGGUGGUAACACUCGAUUGCUCUGGCCACGACCCACUGGCAGCGUCAUCCUCGGUGAGGAGAUGAUUGCAUUAUCCCUUCAGCACAUUGAAUUAGUUACCAUCAACACCGUUGAUGAUGAUCUCAAAAGCCUACUCGAACACGCCAAGGACGUUUUCAUUGGAAACAUCAGAAGUUUGAUAAAGACGCCAAAUGCCCGGGAGAGAUGGAGCAUCGACAGCUUUGUUAUCUACUUGGACCCAGCAGGUGCAUCGGGCACUAGACUUACCCUCUCCACCGAUGAGUCCUAUCACCUGGAGCUGUCACAGAAGGCUCGUCUCCUCGAAGCGAAGAUCUCCGCGAAGAGCUACUACGGAAUUCGUCACGGUUUGGAGACUCUCUCGCAACUUUUCUGGUGGGACGACUCGGCGGGCCACCAGGGCACCCUCCGAGUACUCGCCAAAGCCUCCAUCGAGGACAGGCCAUCGUUCCACUACCGUGGCCUCUUGAUCGACACUGGUCGUCAAUUUUUCCCGAUAGAACAAUUAAAACGCGUUAUCGACGGAAUGUCAGCCUCUAAACUCAACACCUUCCACUGGCACAUCUCGGACUCUCAGUCAUUUCCAUUCGAUUCAUCGUUUUUCCCGCAGAUGGCAAGAUGGGGUGCCUUCAGUGGUGAUGAGAUUUACACACCCGAAGACAUGAAGGAUUUGGUAGAUUAUUCAAAAAUCAGGGGCAUCAGGGUUAUUAUUGAAAUUGAUUCGCCUGCUCAUGCUGGAGCUGGUUGGCAGUGGGGCAGUGAUUACGGCUUUGGUGAACUAGCUUUGUGCGUUGAUCAAGAGCCCUGGUCGUCGUACUGCGGUGAACCCAAUUGUGGACAGCUUAAUCCUAUAAAUGAACACUCAUACAAAGUACUUGAAAGUUUAUACCGUGAAAUACUCGACAUUACGGAAGUAAGAGACAUUAUCCACAUUGGGGGAGACGAGGUGAACUUGGAGUGUUGGGCGCAGUAUACCAAUAUAACUCAGGCAAUGCAAGCGUCAAACUUUACGGAUUUGCAUGCAAUCUGGGCUGAUUUUGAGAGAAAAGUGUUCAAGAGAAUUGUCAAGGCGAAUAAGGAUGAGGUGCCCAAAGCUGUGAUAUUGUGGAGUUCACCACUGACUAAACGACCGUGGAUUACAUCUCACUUCGAUCCAAAGGUCCAUGUCAUUCAGUCGUGGGGUGGGAGUAAUUGGCCUGAGACUGGAGAUCUCCUGGAGGAUGGUUUCAGGGUGAUACUGUCACACGUUGACGCCUGGUAUUUGGACUGCGGAUUUGGAAAGUGGAGGGAGACCGGAGAGGCUGCUUGCGGAGAAUACAGAACGUGGCAGACUGUUUACAAUCACAGGCCAUGGAGGGAUUAUCAGGCUGCGAAUUUGGUGAUGGGGGGUGAGGUGGCACUGUGGAGUGAACAAAUUGGACAGGCCAGUUUGGGACCUAGACUGUGGCCCAGGGCCUCGGCAUUCGCUGAGAGAUUGUGGAGCGAUUUACCAACAGCAGGGUACAUCACAGAAGAGAGUGUUUAUACUCGUCUUGCUACUCACAUCGAUGUUCUUCAAACUCGUGGUCUCAAGACGGAGGCAAUGUGGCCCCAGUGGUGCAGUCAGAAUCCUGGUAAGUGUCUCUGACCGAGUAUGAUUUAGAUCAGAUGGGGCCUGUGUCGCAUCAUCAGCAGUUGGCCGUGCUUACGACGUCCGGUGUAAAAAAAUAUUAGUAGAGGAAAAUGAAGAAAUACUUAUAGGUAAUUAUUAAGGCAACUCGAGGAUGUAGCGAAAACGAAAAUUUAUAUGUGACGCGAAAAACUUUUAUACUACAGUUGUAUACAAUGGAGAUUUUUCCAUAACCCGAGGAGUUUAAUCUGUGUAUUGUUAUUUAAGAAUAAUGUGGACUAAUCGAAAUAGUGUUUAUCACAGGGUCCAAUGGGAGGGAGGGUCUUGUAGAGCGAAUUUUUAUAUGAAAUCAAUAAUUUGUCGAUUUAUUGAGGAUUGAUAUGCGCACUGAUGAAAGUAUCGAUUGAAUUGGAAUUUUAUUUCCUCUUAUUCAUUCAGAUAAUAUUUUGGGUGAAUCCAGGCAAAUUAGUGAGUGGCAUUUUUUGUAGUUAUUGAUUUAUAAUUAGAAUGGAGUAGUAGUGAUGUAGCUGAUAUUUUUUCAAAAUGCCGAAAUUCACGCAAAAUCUUCUGACAUGACAAGCGUUGAUAAGCGUUGAUUACACAGAGAAAUUGAAUUUUUUGCUCAUUGAAAAAUGGCGUAACAAGUAUAAAAAAUGUGGAUGGAAUAUUGUUGUCAUUUUAUUGUUUAAAAGUGCCUUUCAAACACUCAGUUUUUCUAUUUUUAGCUAAGUCGUGAAAUGAAUAUCAACGAAGUGCAACUAUGAAGAAUAGUAUAUUGAGUUCAUUACUUGUCCCGACAAUUAAUGAACGAUAGUAGAAAAAUGGAGUUUACAUGUGCAAUCGUAGAAUAUAACAUUGAUAAGUUGUCAAGUUAUGAAAAGUAUUAUUCAACAUUCUCUUGCAUGAUCGAUGCAAGGUAUGCAGGAGAUAAAGAUGGAUUGUACAAUUUUUUUCACACGGAUCUUAAUUUUCAAUCGAUUUUUCUUUAAUUGGCUAUUUUUCCUGAAUCAUGAACUCAUCCUGUAUAAUAGUGUAUGAUAAAUUGUGGUGGUCAAUCAACUUAAGAUGCCCAAGAGAUAAUAGUUCCGAGGAAUCACGAAAAAUCAUGGAAAAUCAUUGUACAUUUUAUUGGUGGAGUAGUAUAACGAGUCAAGUUGAAUCUCUUUCUCAUCAAAUUGUCUGGGAGAUUAUCCUGCAAAUAUACAACAAUUUUUUGUAAGUGGAACUAUUUUACUAUAACUGCAUCAUGGCAACUCGAACCGUUUUACCCCGUACUACAGGUUUUAUGAUUUUAUCCUGUAAAUUACUUAAUUAAUCAUUUAGUAAUACUUAAAUGACACUGUUACAUUAAUUAGUGAAAUUAACAAGACUAUGUAAUUCUCACAGUUUUUCUUUAUAAGCAGUAUUUCUGGACUCACUUAUUUUAUUGAAAUUUAUAAUUUAUUUGAUAUGUUUUCUCAGCGAUUUUGUGCUAAAAAAUUAAUGGAGAGUUUCGCCACAAUUAAAUGACAUUUUAUGAGAAUAAUGGUGGAGGGGGGAAGAGUAGAAAUAGAAAUUGAAUGAAUUUACCGGGAAGUAUGAAAUUUGUAUAAAUCGACUCAGUUGUUGUGGUCUAGAUAUUUCGUUCGUUGAUCGCAAUACAUAUAAUUUAUUUAAACGACAGAAAAAUCUAUUAUUAAAAUGGUGUACUUACCAU